GCCGAAAAUCAAUUCAUUCUCAUUUUAUACGAAAGAAGUGAAAGCAAGUUUGGAUUUCUUGAAUCAAAUCAUCUCAUUACUUAGUGUUUUUGUUGUUGUUAUUGUGAUGGGAAGAGGCAAGUUCAAGGGCAAGCCCACCGGGCAACGCCAGUUCUCCACCCCUGAAGACAUACUUGCUGGAAACUCUACCCGUCCUCGUACUUUCAAACGGGUGGAAGCUGAAUAUGAAGAGGAAGUAUCUGAUGUGGAAUCUGGGGAAGAAUCUGAAGAGAAAACUGAACAGAGUCGUAAAGGAACUGAAGGUCUGAUUGAGAUCAAUAAUCCUAAUUUAGUCAAGUCAAAGAAUUUGAAAGCUAAAGAUGUUGAUUUUGGGAGACCAACUGAACUUUCAAGGCGUGAAAGAGAGGAACUGGAGAAACAAAGAUCUCAUGAACGUUACAUGAAGCUGCAAGAACAAGGGAAAACAGAAAAAGCAAGACAGGAUUUAGAACGUUUAGCACUUAUACGUCAGGAAAGGGCUGAAGCUGCCAAAAGACGGGAAGAAGAAAGGGGAGCCAAAGAACAGAAGAAGGCGGGAGCUCGGAAAUGACAUUCCUAGAGAUUAUUGAUGUGAAACAAGACAACAAGUGACUUAAUACAGGAAACAUAUUUCCAUUAUGGAUUGUAUUGUUGUUUAACUUUUAAUCAAAGAUUUAUAUAGAGGAAACAAUUGUCUCCUUGAUCUCUUUGCUUAUAAUUUGAAGAUUUAAUCAAACAUUUACUAAAUAAAAUGAUUUUUAUUUCAUUGUUAUUUCAAUGUUUGGCUUGGCUUCCUGUGGGAGGUGUAGGACUUCGACGCCUUUAUUAUUAAUAUUUUUUGGGCUGAAUUUUAUUAAUAUUUCACAUAAUUUUAGAAUAUAUUUUUUAUAAAUAGAUGCUUUUUUUUUUUUUUUCGAAAGAGUUAAAAGAAAUAUUUAAGCUAAAUAAAAUUGUUGAGAGCCAGAUGUCCACAGUUUGACAGAUGGCAAACUGGAACGAAGAUAUAAAUGUGAAAAGAACCUCUGUUUUUGUACAGCGCUUAGCCCACCAUGACCGACCAGCAAAAUCCCCAAACCUCUCAGAACCUUCCUUCUUCUUCUUCUAAACUCACACCCGAAACCAGCAAAGCCAACAGCAGCUCUUCGGGCCAAAAGAUCCGCUAUCCGAACCCAGCGGAAACAUCAAUUCCCAACGCGGCAACACUUCGAGAGCAAUGGAAGUUCGCAAUCAAGCAGUACAGUAUAUGGUACUCCCACGCGUGGGGCACCGCAAUUCUCGCGGGUUUGUCAUUUUUUGCUCUUGGUUGGGUUAUAAAGGGAUCCAAUCCUCUCCCCUCUUUCAAGGGUGAUGAUUCUCCUGCUCCUUCCGAUGAUCCUGAUAAUUCAAAGUGAACCUUCCUCGUUCAUCACGCUUCUUCGAUGUGGGAUUAACUCAUGGAUGCUUCUUAUAAUAUAUAUCCCACCGUUGUGAAGAAGACAGCUUUGUAGCUAGAGUGCCACUUUCUGACAUUUUCAACUGCUUUUAUUGUACAGUGUUCCGGAAAUGUUAUAUCAUAACAGAGGUUGUUAAGUAACAAGUUAUCUUUGGGUGGAAAAGUUGGUGGUUGUUAUCCUCUUUUCAGUUUGUUCUCAAAGAAUGGUGUUAAUGGCUGAGCCAUUUAUGUUAUUGUGUUUUUAAGGAUGCA